CACACACACACACACACACACAUAUAUAUAUAUAUAUAUAUAGAUAGAUAGAUAGAUAUAGAUAUAUGUAUAUAGAUAUAGAUACAUACAUAUAGAUAUACACAUAUAUACACACACGUGAUAACCACGUGCGGGUACACACCUACUAGAAACAGACACAUCGCACAUAUAAUACACACAUACAUGAGCACACGUAUACACGCAUAAACGCAUAGACACAUGUAGUUACACAUGCACCAUACACACAUCAACAGCCGUAUAUAAACGCACACACGCAAAACACGCACGCAAGCACGCACAACUUCUUACUGAGACGCAAACACCGGCACAUGAAUUCACGCACGCACGCACGCACGCACACAUACAGGCACGCACGUACACGCACACGUACACGUACACGUACACGCACGCACGCACACUCCUACACGCCCUCACUCACUCACUCGCGUCCAUGGAAACAUGCGCAAGCACGCGAUCCAACAGAAGUGACAUUCCAUCGUAUGCGCGAUACAACAUGCACGAACUCAUCAGCUACAGAUAUCUUGUGGAGUAGCUAAGCCGUGUGUGUGUACAUACAUACAUACAUACAUACAUACAUACAUACAUACAUACAUACAUACAUACAUACAUAUACAAUAUAUUUUACUACAUGUGCCCAUGCUCACAAACAUACAUACUUGUCACAUCGCCGCAAAGUAGCAAACAACGUGUGUGAACAAAACACAAACAUACAGACUUAAACACACACACAGCCAGUUUGUAAACUUACAUACACACACACAUCCAUAUAUAUAUCGAUGCUUUGCGCUCUCGUCCAAUUUUGUAUUUCAUAUAUAUAUUAUAUAUACAUAUAUAUAUAUAUAUAUAUAUAUAUAUACACACACACACACUCAGAUAUUAUAUAGACGAUACGGGUCGAUCUACGAACAUUUACGCAUACCGGGUUACACAAACUUACGAACUAAAAAAACACGCGUAACAACGGUGGAACUGCGUUUGGUUUCCCUACGAUGCGAAGUUCUUGCUUUUAAAAGUUCUAAAUUACAACUUCCCUUCAAAAUUUCGCGUUAAUCUAUGUUCCAAACACCAGUUUUAAUAAUGAUGGUAAAGUUAUUUUACUAAAUUCCUCGUUAUUUUUCGAAAUUGAUUGCAACAAAAACAGCGUAUUUCAACAGAAAUACAUAUUUAACAAAAAAAAAAAACAAAAAAAAGAUUAACCGGUGGACAAAAAACGAAGAAACAAAAAAAAGAAUAAAGUGACACGAUAUAUUAUAAACACACACACACACACACACUUUAUACGUGACCAGUAUAGGCACACAAAUAUAUAGAUCAUACACACAGCUAGAUACAAGUUCACACAGGGCGUCAUAUGAUAUAAUACACACACGCGCUCACGCGCACACACACACACAUACACACGCACAUACCUUAUGCAGAAGGGAAAGCGCCGAUCAAGGUCUGUUUUUACCACCGGCGGAGAUAUCUUACACGUGAAAACCUGUAACUCCGAGGGUGUUGAGCGGUUGAAUCGAUAGAGCAGAAGACAAAGGCCUUUGUGAACUGAAUUCAUUGACCAAGCAGAUAACAAGACCAACAACAACAACAACAACAGUUACUACUACUACUACUACUACUACUACUACUACUACUACUACUACUACUACAGUAGCUGAAAGAAUAACGACAAUUGCAGGAACAGUUCUGAAAACUUAGAAACUUUGAAAGUGAACGAAAAUAAAAAACAAAAAGAAAGAAACGAAUCGUGAGUUAGAGCAACGACGAUAAGAAAUUGCAGCGUCACAGAACUGACGGAAUUACCAGCACCAACGGCAGCCUGACCACCCGGAAGUGGGCAACAACAACAACAACAACAACAACAACAACAACAACAACAAUAACGAGAGCAACGUGAUCAAAAACCACCGAAACAGCAACAACAACAACACCUACUGCGACAACCACAAGUGGAGCAACAACACAGCAAAACAGCGCCGUCACCAAUAAUAAUAAUAAUAAUAAUAAUAAUAAUAAUAAUAAUAAUAAUAAUAAUUUGUCUCGUCAUAAACCACAGCGUUUGCAUCAACAAUAAUGUUCAUAAUGUCUUACCUGUCAAUUUUAAAGACUUGUUGGAGGAGAGACGUUAUAGUUAUCUGAAGUGUUACUCAUUUGGAAAAAAAAAUUUUAACCCUCAGUACACAGCUGGUACAUAUAUAAUAUAUAUACAAACACGCUUGCGUAAUACGUGUGCAGAGGAGAAAGAAACGAAGAGGUGAAAAUCAAAAUAAAGGACACACUGUAAUAUAAAAGAUAAUACUAUCAUCGAGAAGAAAAUGGCGGCGAGUGUUCCUGUUAACGUGUCACUCCAAGAAUUAAACGAUGACAGAUUUUUGGUUGGUAUUCCGGCCGUUAUUUAUAUUGGAAUCCUCAUGUUCAUUGGUACGAUUGGAAAUAUUAUCGUUUGUUACAUAUUCUGCUUUCGAAUGCGGAAAACCACAACGAACUGUUUUAUUAUAACUUUAGGCAUAUUCGAUCUUUUGUGCUGCAGCAUUGGAAUGCCUACAGAAUUUCUCGACCUCCGUUAUCCGUAUAUGUUUCCGUCUGGUCUUCUCUGCAAGAUGUUACGAUUUAUCACUUUCCUAACGAAUGGUGCUUCUAGUUUGAUUCUUCUAGUCAUUUCCAUCGACCGCUAUCGCCGAGUCUGCCAUCCACUCAAAGUUCAAAUUUCGCCCAAAAUGGCGCGGAAGAUAUCUGCUCUAAUGACAAUCAUAGCCGCUAUUUUAACCUGGCCGACGGUGGUUAUUUACGGCAUUCGCACGACACCCACGCCAGUUUCCACCAUGAACGGCUCGGACUGUUCGGUGGCCGACAACAUGAAAUCAACCAUUUACCCAUCACUGUACUACUUCAUCAUUCUCGGUAUCAUUCUCAUGUCGUUUGUGUUCAUGCUGACCAACUACACGCUGAUAUGGCGUCAAGUGUGGCGAAGGUCACACGGUCAAAUCCCCGGCGAGAACACGGCGCACGAAGACCCCAAUCAAUCUAAUCGACGCCUGACUAAAUCCCGGGCAAUGGGCAAAACAAACUUAACGGUUUUUCUAGUAACGCUUUUGUUUAUUUUGUCCUUUAUGCCGGGUUUGUCAGUGAGGAUAAUCGAAUCCAUCAAGAAGUUUUCCAAAACCACCCAUCCAACCAUAUCCAGCAUAAAAAAACUAGUAUUACGCUCGUAUUUUCUAAGUAAUGCCCUAAACCCAGUCAUCUACGGAUUUUUCAACGAUUCUUUCAGAAACGAAGUGAGAUUUCUUAUUGGAAAAGUAAAGAAAGUUUGUUGCGGAAAAGAGGACACGAAAUUGCCAUCGGUCACAAACUCUGUCAAUAUGUCUGGACGGAUCUCCUGACUAGAUUCGGAUAAGUAUACACAUUCUGGAAAGCUCUAUUCACACUGAUUUACAUUUUUUUAAAAAUUUCUAUUGUUUGUUUAUUUGUUUCUGUUAAUUGUUGUUAAUUUCUUUGUUUAAAUUAAUUUACUUAGAAAUAACACUCAUUAUCGUAAUCUGUGUUGAAUAGACCUCCUUUCCCCUUCUCUGCAAAAUCGCCAUCCAAAUUUUCAAAAAAAGACAUGUGCGUCUUCUCCCAAGAUGUCAGAGUCCCGUUUUCUUAAUUUAAUUCUUGUUGAAAAAAAAAAAAAAAGUGGAAAAGAAAAAGAAAACGAAGACUUUAACGACUGAUUUUAUAUUUCGAAACGAAAAUGGAAAAAAAAAAAAAAAAGUGGAAAAGAAAAAGAAAACGAAGACUUUAACGACUGAUUUUAUAUUUCGAAACGAAAAUGGAAAAAAAAAAAUAAAUAAAUAAAAUAAAAUUGGUUUAUUGUUUCCUCUUUAAACCAGAUGAUGGCAACACUCGUGUACACAGUAAGGAGGAUCCUUGAGGCUGCUCGACCAACUCGAAAGGAAUAGCAGCUAGCUCCCUCAAACCAAACCCUACUACUUUGCAAUAGCAAUAAUAAUAAUAAUAAAUUUUGCCCUUGGUGUCGAGAAGACACUCGGCAAGAAACGAAAACAGAAUUGAAGGAAGAAGAAAAACUACUACUACUGCUACUACUACUACUACCACUACUACUACUACUAAUAAUAAUAAUAAUAAUAAUAAUAAUAAAUAAUAAUUUAUUUCUUUAUUGCCCACAAGGGGCUAAACAUAGAGGGGACAAACAAGGACAGAGAAAGGGAUAAGUCGAUUACAUCGAUCCCUAGUACGUAACUGGUACUUAAUUUAUCGACCUGUCCGAAGUAAAAAAAAAAAUGCUCCAAUGAGGCAUGAUAGGGGGUUAUGGUUGGAACGCCUUGACCUUUAAUGAUGGCUCUGCUCGAUCAGGGCUGACCUGGGGUUAAAACGACAGCAACAACAAGAACAACAACAAAAAUGAAAAGAAUAAAACAGCUGAAUCGAAACAUUAACAAACGUAAAGAGAGCUGAAAUAAUCUGCUUCAGUAUUUUAUUCACCAACAUUCAUCCCAAAUCAAGCGAGACAACUCUUUAUAUGUACAAAAACAAAAACUACCAACAGAUGGCAGCACUCAUUCUUUAUCAUUUUUUAAAUUUUUUUUCUCCAUUUUAUUAUUUACUAUCAAAAUGGUGCAGAUGGCUAAAACAAAAAGAUAAACAAAGAAAAGAAAACAAAAUUAAAUUGAAUGGGAAAAGAAAAACAAGAAAAGACUGGGCUUUCUUUUUUUUUUUUUUUGCGAGAACUUUUUUGUCGAUAGAGACGGUACGGAAAUAAAUUAAUAAUUAUUUUAUCCAAUGAAAUAAAA